GUGAUAGCUUUUAAUAAAAGUGCCAAUUAGUCCCCAAACCACCUCAAAUUCCACAGGGGAGUAGCCAGGAUUUUAAAUUGGAGGGGGCCCAAAAGAACCUUGUAAGGCAUUUUCACCCUGUAUUUCAAAUAAUGUCCCAUACAUUUACUGUAUUUUUAACUGGUAGAGGGAAAGGUCACCCCUGUGGCCCCCUCCACUUGCUACUUCCGUACUCCAUAUAUUUUAAGGCAUCCAGUUCCUCCACUCUCAAUUGAAAACUUGUUUCAAAAAACAAGGCUACAAGAAAGGAAUUAAAGAGCUUUGAAAAUAUUGAAGAUAUUUAUGAUAUUUUGGUUAAGAUAGGAGAUAAUAACAAUCAAGAGGCAAUACGAACAUUUUAAUAUAACAUUAUUUGGGCAAAUACACCUAAUAACUUACGCCUUUAUUUUUCCAUGGCUUAUUUCAACAAUAUAUCCCAAGAGUUCUCCACUAGUUAUGCCUGCAAAUAACAUUGAAAUUCAACCGCGAGCAUAUUGUUACUUCCAUCACGAUAACAUAAGAGUCCUAGAUCUGAUGUUCUCUCCUAUAGAGAAGAUCGAUUAUUCUUACCUCUCUUUGCCAUGACAGUUGUUCACAGAUAUUAUAAUAGAACGAGGCACCUCAAAUUUCGGUUAUUUUGCUCGCGUUUUAUGGAACGUCCUGUCUCUAUUCCUAUGUCACCCGUCUAGUCAAGCCUUUGUUAUAUUGUCAAAAGUAGAUUGACAGAUGAAAAGGCGCGGCAAAAGAAGCGGGAAAAUUAGACUUGGCCUAAGAAGUUAAAAGAAGUUUUAAGCGCUAGUGAUGUCUUCGCCGAAGCCAAGUUCGAGCCGACCCGAGAUCAACAGUGGCCUUUCAUCUGCAAAAAAGAAAACCAAGCGCUCCAAGGAGAAGUAUUGCUACAUUGAAGACAGCAAGAGGCGUGCCAUCACACUCUCUAAGAGAAAGGCAACUCUUUUCCAGAAUUUUAUGAAAUUAAAUAUUAUGUCUGGGGCAGAUGCAUUUAUGAUAAUUGAAACCCCACGGAAACGAUUUGUGUGGGGAUCAGAUAAAUACAUGAAGCUAUAUACAAGUGCUAAGCUAAGGCCCACAUUACACCAGGAGAUUGUUGACUUGACCGAUACCUCCACUUCUGAAGAAGUACAGAAUGCCGAGCUGAGCUCAAUGGGCGUGGCACCGCUGGAGGAUACACCACAUAGAGUAAACAUGCAUGAAAGUCUGGCAAAUGUCUUAGGUGUGGCCAACAAGACACUGCCACCAAAAGCAAUUAUUCCAGACGCUGUGGCUGGGGUGCUAAAUGAGAGCCCACCAGCACAAGUUCUAGAGCAAGAUGUGCCUCUGCAAAGGUUGCAUCCACCGGUUGAGCUGACAUAUGUGCAAGACAGUGAUAUUCCACUUCUUUUUAUUGGUCAAGAAAUUGAAAGGGACUAA